AGAUAACGGAACAAGCGGCAAUUCAAGUAAUCUUAGUACUUGAGCUUCAGAGCUGAUGAGCAGCCAUGCCACUUCUUCUUCUUCCAUGUAAGUCUUUCUCUAUUCUCAAUCCAAUUCUGCCCCUCAACACUUCUGUUAUUUACAACACUGCCACCCAAUUCUCAGCCUUUUCCAGUCCCCCAAAAUACCCACUUGCUAGAACCCCAAAAUUUUCCAAGAAUUUCUUUUCUAAUUGGAAUUCUCAAAUAAGUUUACAUACCCAUGUCUCGUUUUGCUCUAAAAAUGAAAUCUUGGAAGAAUUUAGUACUACCCAGUUGGCUAAAGUGCCUGAAAGUGAAGAGUCUGAAGAGCUAGAAUUACUUAAUAAGCCAUAUUUAAAGCAAGUAAAUAAUGGGGUUGGUACAGAGAUAGAAGAGGAGCCUAAAAAAGUUAGUAAAGAUGAAGUCUUGGAGCCAUUUUACAAGUUAUUUAAGCCUAGGGAGGAGUCAUUUGAACAAGAAAGUAGUGAUACAGAAGAUACAGAACAUGAGGAGCAAAAAGUUCAUUCAGUUGAAGAAGAAAGUAAGAAGAUUAGUGUGGAGUAUUACGAACCGAAACCGGGUGAUUUGGUAGUAGGUGUUGUGGUUUCAGGCAAUGAGAAUAAACUUGAUGUGAAUGUUGGUGCUGACCUUUUGGGUACCAUGUUAACUAAGGAUGUUUUGCCUUUGUAUGACAAAGAGAUGGGAUAUUUGUUGUGUGAUUUGGAGAAGGAUGCUGAGGAAUUCUUGGUAAGAGGGAAAAUGGGAAUUGUGAGUUAUGAUGAGGCAGUAGAGAGUGGGGAAUCGAUGUCAGGGAAGCCUGUUGUGGAGCCUGGGACUGUUCUUUUUGCUGAGGUUCUUGGAAGAACUCUCAGUGGUAGGCCGUUAUUGUCAACGAGAAGGCUCUUUAGACGCAUUGCUUGGCAUCGAGUGAGGCAGAUUAAACAACUAAAUGAACCUAUCGAGGUGAAGAUAACGGAGUGGAACACUGGCGGUCUUCUUACCAGAAUAGAGGGCUUACGGGCUUUUCUUCCAAAGGCUGAUUUAAUGAACAGAGUUAAUAGUUAUACCGAGCUGAAGGAGAAUGUGGGGCGUCGAAUUAAUGUGCUUAUUACCAGAAUAAACGAAGAAACUAAUGACUUAAUACUUAGUGAGAAGGAAGCUUGGCAAAUGUUAAAUCUGCAAGAGGGGGUCCUUGUGGAAGGAACAGUGAAAAAGCUUUUUCCCUUUGGCGCACAGAUAAGGAUUGGUGAAACAAACCGAAGUGGCUUACUACACAUCUCAAAUGUUACCCGAGGCGAGAUUACUUCUAUCAAUAACUUGUUAGCUGUUGAUGAGAAGGUGAAAGUUAUGGUCGUGAAGUCAAUGUUUCCUGACAAAAUAUCUCUCAGUAUUGCUGAACUUGAAAGCGAGCCAGGAUUAUUUUUAAAGGACAAGGAGAAAGUAUUCUCUGAAGCAAAAGAGAUGGCGAAGAAGUACAGACAGAACCUACGAACUGUUUCAGCAACAAGGAAACCAGAACCCCUUCCGACUGAUAGGCUACCUUUCGAAGAUGAAGAAAGUCUAUAUGCUAAUUGGAAAUGGUUCAAGUUUGAGAGGGAUAGCAUAUAAAUGGCAUAAACCAACACAAACUGUAAUGAACUGUAUAUCCUUGGGUAUGUCUUUAGGUCUUUAGAUAGCAUCCAUGAUAAUUGUACCAUAGUUCAAAAGCUAGUUAUAUUCUUUACUGAACUGAGUAAUAAGUUCCACUGUUAUUGAACUUUCUUUUAAGAACACCUUUUGAAGUUUCACAUCUCUUUUGGAAUA